AUGAGUGCAGCACACGAGUCAAAGCCACCACCAUCCUCCCGCGGCGCACGAGGCGCACGGGGUGGCGGUCGACGUGCCAACUUUGGAGGCUCCCUCACCUCUUCCGACUCAAAUCGUGUCGCAAGCUCAAGCUCCCGAGCGCGCUCCAACAACCCUUCAAGAGCGCCUAGGCCAUCAAAGCAUCAUGCCGAGUCGAACGAUGCUUCCACAGCGGUUGGCACUCUCGCCACUGUUCCAGUCGAAGCCGCUCAGCCCCAGUGCAAUGCCCAAGAUGACCAUAACAGCGGCGACAACGACAACGAUGAACUGCCUCCGGAAGCCGAGCUUUGCUUCAUCUGUGCCGACCCGAUCAAGCUCGUCUCGGUGGCUCGGUGCGACCAUCGCACUUGUCACAUCUGUGCGCUUCGUCUGCGCAUCCUCUACAAAAAAGACGAGUGCACGUUUUGCAAAUCCAAGAUUGACCGACUCAUCUUCACCUCGUCCUUGACAAAAAGCUUCUCGGACUUUGAACCGGCCGACAUCCCUUACACGGACAAAAAGCUUCCUAUCAGCUUCGAAACCAAAGAGGCGCUCGAGGAAUCCGUCCUGCUCUUACGCUAUAACUGCCCGGAUCCUAACUGCGAAGUUGCUUGCACCGGCUGGAAGGACUACAAGGCACACAUUCGUCGCGACCACCAUCGUCUCGUCUGCCAACUCUGCAUCUCAAACAAGAAGAUCUUUGCACAUGAACACACGCUUCACACUGAGCAGUCGCUCGUCGCUCACGAGAAAGCCGAACACCGACUGUGCGAGUAUGAUCGCCAACUCUUCUACAGCGACGACGAGUUGUUUACACACAUGCGCGACAGGCACGAACAGUGUCACAUCUGCAAAGCGUCUGGCAGCGACGAAGAGCGUUGGAAGUAUUAUCGCGAUUACGACAUGCUCGAAAAGCAUUUCAGGAGGGAUCACUGGCUGUGCGAAAACAGCCAGUGUUUGCAGGACAAGUUCCAGGUGUUUGCCAACGAGAUGGACUUUAAAGCGCAUCAAUUGGAAAAGCAUGGCAACGAGUUGAGCACCAGAGAGAGGAGGGAGGCGUUGCGCAUCGACGCUGGCUUUACCUACGAUGACGGUGCUACGGAUGCUGGCUUGUCGUUUGGCGGUAGGGGUGGUAAGAAAGGCAAAGCACGAGCUCAACCAAGUACAGCGCCAGCGACAGCGUCAGCGGCAGAAGCCUCGGGUUCGAACAACCGCGACGUUCUGCGCGUUUCAACGCUUGCUUCGCGACCGCACGUUCCCGGCGCUGGUCCUGCCAACCACGAAUCUCGACGUGCCAUGUUCGGCUCCGGGCUCACCAACGCUCCAACGCCGCAGCUGGUGUCGACGGAUCCUGCUCGCACCGUUGCCGAGACGCGCUCGGUUGAACAACGUCACCAAGCGUACAUGGACCAAGUGACUGCGAUGCUAGGCACGUCCGAAUCGCGCAUCACCUCAUUCCGACACGCAGUGCGUGUGUUCAACAAGGGCGAAUCGUCGGCGCGCGAUCUGAUCUCGACGUUGCACUCGCUCGUUGGCGAUUUGGACAGAUGUGCACCUCUCGUCAAAGGACUGAUGGAGCUUGUGGAUGAUGCGGACAAGACCAACGCAUUGCGUGAGGCGUGGGAUCAGUAUCGGAACGAACGCACCCAAUUUCCUUCGCUCACGCCAGCGGGUAGCAGUGUAGCGAUUGCGGCUGGUACACGAUCUGCUGGAGCUGGGGCUGGGGCUGGAGCAGGUCAACGCCGAGGCACGCUUCGGAGUAUGAAGAACUCGUCGGCUGCGUCGUCGAGUCUGGUCUGGGACAAUGUUGAGCGUGCUGCAUCGGCGAGUUCGGGACAUGGAUCCGGUGGACCAGUGGCGCUUCGGCAGCAUUUUCCGGCUCUCACAUCCAGUGGUCCCAAGCCGACGGCUUCGAUUCCCGGGUCGCUUGCACAUGCGGUUGCGCACGCUAUGCCAGCACGUGCCAAUUCGAGCCAUCCCAGAUCGACAUCAUCCGCUGCGUCGAACAGUGCAUCGACUACGCCGAAACCGUUUGUUGAACGUGUACACUCGACGCAUUCGUCUGGCAGUGUGGCUCGGGGCUCGGGCGGGUUUCCGAGCUUGCCGAGUAAUGCGGAUCGGGCAAGGUUGAACGCACACAAACGUGCACUUUUCGCGAGCAAGUCGAGCACCGCUCCGGUCAGUGCGAGUCUGUCCGGUACGAGCACUCCGUCCGCAUCGGCGUGGUCAGCACAGGCGGCGGAGAGGAUGGAUGAUUUUCCGGAAAUGGCUACGAAUCGCGCAGGCGCUCUCGAUCUCGAUGGGCUCGCAGAUGCACUGGGCGCGUCGUUGCGAGACAGCUCGACAAAGGCGAGGCGGAACAAGGGUGUGCAGAUGAUGACUCUUGGUGGCGUGCAUCGUGGAUAG